AUCCUUUUAACUCAUUUGAACAUUUUUAGUAUCCCCGCUUACCGUGGUGACAAAACGAACGAAAGCAACAAAACUUACGUCGCAUAUAGCAUUACGUACAAGAUAAAGGCGAGGAGGAAAAUCAUCGUUGAAACUUUUGCAAGCCAUCUUUGCAGUUCAAAUCUCAACAGCUUUCGCUCAACAAAAUGCCAAAGAAACGCAGAAACGGAGGAAGGUCCAAGCACAACCGAGGCCACGUGAACCCCCUGAGGUGUUCCAACUGUGGAAGGUGUGUUCCCAAGGACAAGGCCAUUAAAAGAUUCAACAUCAGGAACAUUGUCGAUACGUCCGCGCAGAGAGAUAUAAAGGAGGCAUCUGUUUACUCCACAUUUCAGUUACCGAAAUUGUACAUCAAGCAGUGCUACUGCGUUUCAUGCGCCAUUCACUCUCGUUUUGUGAGGGUUCGAUCGAGACAACAAAGAAGAGUGCGAAAGGAGACAUCGAAGCACGUCAACCCGUCGCAGUUGUAGGCGAAGGGGUGAACAGGUCCCUUCAUCGAAGUUACCGGUGAGGGGUUCCCUUUCGUUUCGUUCCCCUUUUUCUUCUUUUUUUUUUCUUUUUUUUUUACCAUCACCACUACUAUUGCAUGUAUAAUCGCCCAGUGCACACGUGCCGUUUGCGAACCGUUUAGCUACUGCGCAAGUCUGUCUCGGAACGACGACCAUUUUGUUUUCAAUACAAAUUGUCGAAAAAACGCACAACAUGUUAGGAAUCCCCACUUAGGGAUGAAAUAAAA